AUGUCAGCUCUCAAAGGUGCCACAGCACCAAUCUACUUCGGCCCAUUUAUGGUCACACCACAGGUCUUCCACACAACCCCCUUAACUUUCGCUUUGGUAAACCUGAAACCAAUCCUCCCAGGCCACGUCCUAGUCUCCCCACGACGCGUCGUCCCCCGCGUCACAGACCUCACCCCCGCCGAAACAAGCGACCUCUUCCUAACAGUGCGACGAGUGGGCCGCAUGGUUGAGCGUGUAUACGGUGCCACCAGCUUGAACAUCGCCAUUCAGGACGGCGCGCACGCCGGCCAGAGUGUGCCACAUGUUCAUGCGCAUAUCAUCCCCCGCAAGGCAGCGGAUUUGGAUCACGCUGGUGGCACGGAUGCGGUUUAUGACUUGCUUGAUGGGGAUGAGGGAGAUUUAGGGAGGGCAUUUAAGAAAGUCGUUCCUACAGAAGGGGAUGAUGAGUCAACUGAGCCCGUGAAUCAAGAUGCUGCGAGUUCGGGGAGAAGGUCUAGGUUCCCGGUUGUUGAUAAUGACGCGCGCAAGCCUCGUGAGGAAGAGGAUAUGAGGGCUGAGGCUGACAUGUUGGCGCGGGAGAUGGAGAAUGAGUCUCUUGAUUAA